UAAUUUUAACUUGAAACGGUGCAUAAUGUGCUCCUAAAUGAGCUACAGUGUAUGUUCAACGAAAGUGAUAUUCCACAACUGAUUCGAGUUACUACUGGCCAGCAUUAGGGAUCAAUCAGAAAGAUUCAAAAAUUAAAUUUUCUACCAGUUCAAUCAUGUCCGAGAACAAAACUUCUAGCAGCGGUAAAGUCAAGGCUAAAGCAAAUGCUAGCAAUGGAAACAACAAUCGGCAAACAAAUGGAAACGGCAAUCACAAUAAGAAACAUGCACGUCUAUGUCCAGGACGAGAUAUUUAUGAGCGGAUGAAUUUCCUGUAUCAGGCUUCGAUGUUGAUGGCCGAGUCGGUGCCGGCUCUAUCUGGCAGCUACGGGAAGCUCGUGAAAUCUAUUGGAAAAAAGGCAGUACUGCGGAUAGAGCCCGCUGUAAAACGUACACUUUGCACACGCUGUGGAGUAGCCUUAUGUCCUAUUGCAACCGCAGACUUUCGGGAUUUUCAGCACAAAAAGCUAAGCUAUCUAGAAGUCCGGUGUAAGCAAUGCGGCUUCGAGAAGCGAUAUUACAACAAUAAAAACCACAGCAUCCGAUUAGAUGAUCCAAACAGCAUUGUGGAAACUGUUACUUUCGACUGA